AUGAAGAAACUCUCAUCUGGCGACAAGUACUCAGAGGAAUACCGCAAGAACGAUAAUGGUGGUGGUAUCUCGAUCAAGUUGUCUCUCGACAAGGACCAAAAGGAGGUUUCACAAUUCGAAUACACCUUGGACGACCCAAAGGUGUUCUACGACCUCUCCAACAUCGAUGGCUAUCCCUUCAAAGACGGUGGUGUGACCAUUGUCCCAUCCGAUGACAGCUGCCCCAAGGUUACCUGCGAGGCGGGUGACGGCAAGUGCAGCGAGGCAUACAACAAGCCCGACGACGAUCAUGCCACCCACGGUUGCCCACAGGAAACCGACCUUCACGUUGUCCUUUGCGCAGGCAAGAAGGGAGCUAAGCUCAGGCAGAAGAGACACAUCCCUCGCCAUCCCCACGCUCGCCCUGCUGAAUAA